ACCUAACGCAGAGAUAGUAUCUUAAUUCUGUUUCCUAAUAAUAAUGUUUAUAUAAUAUAAUCUGUUUUUGUAUACACUGUACACUAUCACAAAAUAAAGGAACACUCAACACACUCAAUACAAUACGGAAUAUGAAAUACAUUUAUACUGUGACACAAUAAUAAUUAUAAUUAUAAUAAUAAAUAGGUAUAAUAUAAUAUAUAUAUUAUUAUUAGUAGUAUGACUUUAAAUAAAUCAUAUUAUAUAUUUUCAUUCGAAUAUUAUCUUGUUGUAAUCAAUUAUUAAAUACAUUUUUCACGAAUCACAAUCAUAUACAGUCUCCAGUUUAAUAUUAAAAUUUGUGCCAAAUAACAUCGGGUAACUAUAAUAUUGCUAAAUAUCAUUCGUCCACCGUUAAAUUUUGUUUGGAAAAAUGAAUAUUCAAAAUGAAGGUGAGGUCCAUGUUAAAAUGUUAACAGAUGUUUGCCAAAAUGUAUGUACAUUUAUCAAAACGAUGACAAUAAAUAAUAUGUCAAAAAUUGAAACUAAUGAUUUGCAUUGUGUUUGUUCUAAAUUAAAAAUUAAAUUAGAACAAAUUAAUGAACAAGUUAAAACAUUAGCAAGUUUGUUAAAUUUUAGUACUGACCAAGAUUUGUCUGCUGUGGAUAUAUUGACUCAAUGGAUUUUAUCGCUUUCAAACAAAAAUACUGAACAUGCUAAAAAAAGAAAAUUAUAUUCAUCAUAUUCACCUCUAAAAUUAUCUCUUAAAGAUAAAACUGAAUUUAAUGAAAGCAUUAAAAAAAAAUCAAUGUGUGGAAAAUCUGAAAAAGAAAACAAAAUAAAAUCUCAAAAUGAAUUAAAUAAUUUUUGGAAAUUACAAGUUAAGCGUGAUGGAAAUCCAUCAGAUUUAUUAAAGAAAUCUAAACAAACAACUUUAAUGCUUCAACCAAAAAAAGAAAAGGUAAAAAUGGAUAUUACUACUUUCAGUAGUCCAACACCUAAAAUAUCUAUAUUAAAUUCUUCUAGUUUGCUUAGUCCUGAAAUGUUUAAUUUCAAAAAUAAUACAACUAAAGAUAUAUGUGAAACAAAUAUAAUUCAUAACACACAACUAAAUGAUUUGGAUAAUACAUUUUCGAGUAAUUUUAAUAAAAUGAUGAAUCCUAGUAAAAAUAUAUUAUCUACAGUAAAAACAAAUACUUUAAAAUUAAAAGAAACUAGUAUUUCACAUGAUAAAACUGAAAAUCACGUUCAAUCAAAUGAUGAAACCAAUUGUAGUCCUAUCAAUAUAUCAAUGAGUAUAUUAAAUAAUGCAACAACACUUAAAAAACAAAGCAAAAUUCCUAAUAGUGAUUUAUUAGACAGUUUUGAUAUCAUUCCAGGUCUAAAUGAUAAAAAAAAUGAUUUACCAAAUUACAAAUUUAAAGAAGAUCCUGUUAGAAAACAUAAUGAACGAAGAUUAUUAAAUGGUUGGGAUUGUAAAGACUGUUGCAAAUUUUAUGAAGAAAAUAAUGAUAAUCCUAUAGAUGCAAAAAAUGCCAUGAAUCACUUUUCAAGACAUCGUUCUGUUAAACAUCAACAUCAUGCUCCAACACCUCCCGGUUUUUGGGAUCCAAUGUAACAACACCAAAGGUAUAAAAUAUUAUUUCUAAUAUAAUAAUUGAUUUUAAUCAGCUUUCUAACUUAAAGAUUUCAUAAUUCAUGUAAUUACUUUUAUUGUUUAAUUAUAUAAUAAUUGAGUCUUAAUAUAUUAUAAACAAAAAAUUAAAUAAAUAUUUUCUACAGUAAUAAAAAGUAAAUAUCCAAUGUGUAUUUUACAAUUAUAUGACACAGAAAAUGCCCUCUCCCAGCAUCACUAUCCAUAUUAUAUUAAUAAAUGUAUUCUAUAUUAAUCAACAUUUUGUAAAUUAUUAAUAUUUUGGAUUGCAGUAUUAUUAUUUUGUUUAACAUAUUUUUAUAUUAUAGUAUAUAGAUAUUAGAUCAAUUAUAUUUUCCAAUUUAAAAUAUAUAAGAAGUAUGCCUUAUAACUGUUAUAAGUUAUAAAAUAAUGAAUGUAAAAAUAAAAUAUUAUACAUAGUUUUUAUUUGAUUCAAAUAAAGUAUAUAAGUUAU